UGUCCAUCAGCUUGGUUGUCAUGCCUCCUUGAGGUUUGGUGGCUCUUGUGUCCUGUGUGGGACAGGUCACCAUGAUUUUGCUUGUAUGCACAGUACAGCCAUUUCCUCUUGGAGCUAUUGCCACAUCUUUUUGCCACCUCUAACCACACUUUGGAGACUCCUGGCCACAGAGCUCUCUGACAAUCGGUACCUCUCCACAAUCUAGUAGGUAAAGAAGACAGGAAGUACUUCAAUUCAAGAAUCCUGCUUCUGUUAGGUUUCUGCCCAAGUAUCCUCUCUGUACAGCAGUUGGGGAUUUUAGAAAUAAAAGCCAAAAGCAUAAGCAUGAUAUUGCUGCUUUUAGCCUGCCAUGGCCCUCCUCUGGCCAGUAUAGGCAGAGUCUGCUACCCACUUGAAUGCAGAAGGGAAAGGGUAGAAAAUAACAGGAGAAAGGAAAAACAACCAAACAGGAGCAGAUUAGCAUCUCAAAAUAUCCUACCACUCUUAAGAAGAUGUGAGUUGAAUUCACGGGAGAGGUUCCAUGGGGAAGAGACCCUAUUUUUUGAAAAUGGGCUCUGUGCAUCUGCAAAGACUAUGUGGGAUCCAGGUCUCCAGAAUGCUCUGAUGUCAUCGGUCAGGUCACAGAACCCCUCCCGCUGUGGGCCUGGUGACCUUUGAACCUUAACAGCCCUGUGCUGGAGGGAGCACUGGGCAGUACUGCUGGUUCUCUAAGUGGUCUGAGUUCCUCAGCCAUUUAGGAGACUCAACGAUUUUUAUGUAUAUUGGGUCACCUCAACAAAUUUCCUGAGACUCAAGAAGGGCCAGCCAGUAGGGAAAAGGAGGAACUGGGUGUUACGCAUCUUCUAAGCAACUCCUGUAGCUGGUACCAUGAAACAGCGACAAAAGAGGAAACAUCUGGAAAAUGAAGAGUCCUCAGGAACUGCUGAGCAGGGAGGAGGAGUCUCGAAGUCACAGGAGGAUGCCCCUCAGGUUGAAUCAACUGGGGAGGCUAAAGGCUGGGGCGCAGGGGUAGAGGAGGUAUCCUCUGCCUCUGAAUACUUCUCCUGUGUUUCUUCUCCACUCAAGCUCAUCCAUAGUGGACUCCGGAGAGUACAUCGAGACAGUCCCCAGCCUAGAUCACCCCUAGCCCAGGUUCAGGAACGAGGGGAGACUGCUCCCCCCUCACACCAUGUCUCCUCGUCCCUUUCGUCUUAUAAGACCUGUGUGUCCUCUCUGUACAUAAACAAAAAAGAAAGGGGCAUGAAAAUAUACUACAUGCAGGUACAGAUGAAAAAGGGUGUGGCUGUCUCCUGGGAGACAGAGGAGACCUCAGAGUCAGUAGAAAAGCAGCCCAGGAUGGAAGAAGUGACCCUUCCUGAGGACGUGCGGGUAGGUACUCCCCCCUCUGAUGUGUCCACCAGAAACCUGCUGUCUGACAGCGAGCCCAGCGGGGAGGAGAAGGAGCACGAGGAGCGGGCAGAGUCAGACAGCCCGCCCGGGUCGCCCGCAGCUGAGGAGAGACCCAGGGCCAAGACCCCCGACUGGCUGGUGACCGUGGAGACCGGCUUCAGGUGCAUGGCCUGCUGCCGGGUCUUCUCCACGUUGGAGAGCCUCCAGGAGCACGUGCAGCACGGGGUCAGGGAGGGCUUCAGCUGCCACGUGUUCCACCUCACCAUGGCCCGGCUGGGCGGCAGCCGUCGGGCCGGGAGCGCCCAGGAGGAGGAGGGGGAGUGGAGUGAGGCGGCGGCCGCCAGGCCGGAGGGCAAGGCCAGCGAGGACGAGCCGGCCGCCCGGGAAGACCUCGGCUCCAAGCGACCCUGGAGCCAGUGCCCGGGCUGUGUGUUUCAUUCUCCGAAGGACAAGAAGUGA